GCCGCCGCCGCAGCGUUCCAUUCUCCGAAGCCGGCGACAGCCUCGCCGCCUCCCUCCCUCACUCCCGCCCGCUUCCUCCUCCUGCAGCGCCGGCCAGCGCGAGGCAGACAAGGGCACGCGGGGCCUCGCCUAGACCCGAAAGGGCUGCAGGCGCGCGCAGGCGGCGGAGCGGAUCCGGCGGCGUGGAAGCUGCUGGCGCCCCCCUCCCGGAGGUCUCCGCCUGCUACCCGGGUGAAUCUAUCCCUGGCUGACUUUAGGAUUCAUACUUCUGGAUUUUAAAUUUUUUCUCUUAAAACAAAUUUGGACGGAUAAAAGAUGUGCCAUGGCAGGAUAGCACCAAAGAGCACCUCAGCGUUUGGCGUGGCCUCCGUGAGACAUGGAGCAUUCCUGCCACUGGUGAUCCUUAGCACCCUGCUUGGAGAUGGGCUCGCCUCCGUGUGCCCCCUGCCACCGCAGCCAGAGAAUGGUGGCUACAUCUGCCACCCCCGGCCCUGCAGAGACCCCCUGACAGCGGGCAGUGUCAUCGAAUACCUGUGUGCUGAAGGCUACAUGUUGAAGGGCGAUUACAAAUACCUGACGUGUAAGAAUGGCGAGUGGAAACCGGCCAUGGAGAUUAGCUGCCAUCUCAAUGAGGAGAAAGAUACCCACACAUCACUUGGGGUCUCCACGCUGUCUAUAGUGGCUUCCACUGCCAGCUCCGUAGCAUUCAUUCUCCUCCUCGUGGUGCUGUUUGUGUUACUGCAGCCAAAGCUGAAGUCUUUCCAUCAUAGCAGGCGUGACCAGGGAGUGUCUGGGGACCAGGUCUCCAUCAUGGUGGAUGGAGUCCAGGUUGCACUACCAUCUUACGAGGAGGCUGUGUAUGGCAGUUCCGGUCACUGUGUGCCGCCCGCUGACCCCAGAGUGCAGAUCGUGCUGUCAGAAGGGUCUGGGCCCAGUGGGAGGAGUGUGCCGAGGGAGCAGCAGCCACAGGACCAGGGAGCCUGCUCCUCUGCAGCUGGAGAGGAUGAGGCCCCAGGCCAGUCUGGACUAUGUGAAGCCUGGGGCUCUCGGGGCUCGGAGACUGUGAUGGUGCAUCAGGCAGCCACUUCUUCCUGGGUGGCCGGCUCAGGGAACAGCCGACUGGCACACAAAGACACUGCAGAUUCAGAGAAUAGUGACAUACAAAGCCUUUUAUCCCUCACUUCAGAGGAGUACACAGAUGAUAUUCCACUGUUGAAAGAAGCAUGAGAGCUGCAGCCGGCCUCUCCUCUCUGUGAGGGUCCUCUGCCCUUCUCCCUCUCCCUGUGGGUUUGAGCACCCUGUACUCUCCAGCCAGCCUGCCCGGGUACCUGAGCUGCCACCUGUGUAUCUGUGUAUCUCUGAGGGCCCGCAGGCCCACCUCAUUGGAAACUCAAGGAAGAGUCUCGCCAUCUGCCUGCUGGACAGCUGGAGGAGCUGGCUCUUUGCCUGGCCCAGCCUUCCCAUCUGUCGGGGACAUAUUUGAAUGUGCUGGAUCGAGCCCUCCCUUUUCCUAAGCCUCUGGGUCCCCUCCAGCCAGCUCUUUGGCGGCAACCCCAUGGCUUGCAUGGGCUGAUGCUGCCAUGUUUACUUGUGCCUUCCCCACCCUGCCCAGUUUUCCCUGUUGUGUUGCUGUCCACAGCCUUCGUGGCUACACUGCUGCCCCCUGCCACACAGGGGCCCGGCCUGGGUCUGGCCUGUUUCCUUUGAGGGCUGUCACCGCUGCCAUUUGCAGGAGCAGAUCCAAGAGUGAGAGCUCUUGAGUCAGGAUGGGCUCUAAUUGGGGUGAGAGUGUGGGUCCUUGGGCUUGCCCCGGGGUGACACCAGUGGCACGUUUCCUGGGCUGAGGAUAGAGGAUUUGGAAAAUUACGCCAAAGCUGCCCCAGCACCUGGCCGCCUGGCUCAGAGGUGCAGGCUCCUGGCCCUGUUGAGCUGAGAGUCUCCAAGAUGCGUGCAGAAGACCCUGCGGGAGGGAAGGCAGGUGGCUGAUGAUGAUUGUCUUCCUAAUAUGCAAGUUCUCACUUCCUGCUUCCAGCAUUGGCCUUCCUGGCCUUGGUUUUUUUCUGUUUCCCUGGAGCGGAAGAGGAAGUUUCAUGCUGUCUCCUGGGUUCUAUCCCAGACAGCUCUGGCUUCCCUGCUGCUCACAGGGGCCCCGGGGCAGGAGAGUUGCUGCGAUGCCAUGGAGUGCCCAUCUGGUCACUGGCAGUCUGGGCAGCUUGCCCCUAUCUGGGUUUGUGGUGACGGAGGGGAGGCUGAGAGGCACAGACCGAGUCCCCGGGCGGCUGCAGGCAGCUCCAGCCCGGUCCUGAGGAUCCUCCCCACCACGGUCACGUGCCUUAGUAACUGUGCCCAGGAAGUGGCCCGCUGCUUGCUGCGCUGCUGCUUUUCCUACUUUCCUGCCCUUCUCUGCCACCCCUCCGCAUGCCUCAGCUCACAGGCGACUCCUCCUCUUCCCUGGCACCCUGGGGGAAGGGCUGAGAAACAGUCCAUGUGCACCUCCGACCUUGCUGGCCUGCAGUGGGGGGAGGGGCGUGGAGCAGCCUGGGGUGCAGGGCCCUUGGAGGAGGAGCCCUGGCCAUGAGGGGGUGCUCCCGCUUAGCCACGUGUUGAGUGCUAACAAGCUUGGGUGUACCAUCUCCACCAGGCUGCUAUCUUCAAAAGAUAGAUGUGGCAUUAAGGAAUGUUUGUUUUUGUUUUUUUUUUUCCUGAAGCACUGGGGCUAGGAAACUUCAAAACUGACUCUGUGCAUGUCUGCUCCUCCCCCGAGCCUCUCUGCUUGGGGUGGUAAAAAUAAUAAAAAGCUCAGUGUAUUUUCGGUCCCUCACCGAGCAGGCUUAGCUCCAGGCGUGGGUGGCCGGAAGGUGAGGGGAACAGCAUCCUCCCAGCCGCUGCCCUCACCUCCUGCCUCCACCAUCACACACGCACUUUACCGCAGGUCGUCCCCUGGCCUCUUGCCGCACAUAGUCUUCCUUCCUCCUCUCAGGGUAAGGGCAGUGCCUGCUGUGCCUGUUGGCCGCCCCCCGCCCCGCGCCCCCAGGAGCCCUCGUCUGCUGUGCCCAAAGCCUAGGCAAGCAUGGUUAGGUAGGGAACAGGUUGGAGAAGGGAGAUGAGACUGGUUAGGGAGGGGGGUCCCUGAUGGCCCCCCACCUUGCCACAUGGGCUGGCCUUCAGCCAUAGUGGUGGCCUUGUCUUCCUCCAGAAAAGAAGGCAGGGGCAGAUGGGGUGAGGGGAAAGAAUCUACAGGCUCACUGCCGAGCCUUCAGCUUCGAUCUUCCACUCUUCCAAAACCUGAAUUCUGUUCUAGAGUAUUUUUUAAAAUGGAAGAUCUUACCCUUUUCUACCUUGCUACUCUGGGCUUUUUCACCCUAAGAGAUUGCACUUUUUGUUUUGGGUUUAUUCAGCCAAGCUGGUGACCAGCUUGGCCUUUGGUAAAAUGAAAAGCCUGCCUUCUCCCAAAGCCUCCUUCCAUCUCGCCCUCCAUUAACACUGCUCUGGGAAUCACAAGCCCAGGCUUGCCCACUUGGUAGGAGAGUAAGAAAUCAGAACAAGGGGAGCCUUAGCUUCCCUCCACUCCCUCCUGUCACUGGCUUUGGUGAGGCCUACUUCCCGGAGGCUCCUAGGCCUGUCGGUGCGGGAGCUAAUUCUUGGGUUGCUGGUGGAGUCUACGACAGCUUCUUCCCCCAGUUAUUUCUCUUUUUCCCCAAGCAGUUUCUUAACCAUCAGCCACGUGCUGCUGUUUCUAGGGCUUCUGGGCUUUGUUGCUUGCAGAGGGAUUAGAGACUCCACAGGUGCCUUGAGGUGGGGGCCUGGCGGAGAGACCAGGGCUGGUGUCAGACGGCAGGCUGUUAGGAGGGAGGCUGCUGGAGGAGCCCAGAGAAAGUGGGGAGAAACUGUGGCCACAGCCCUGCUUUCCUGGGAUCACCUCUGGGGGAGUCCAGCAGAAGGCUGGUCCAGAAGAAAUGGUCAGCACCAAAGGACUUUUAAAAGGGUGGUGGUUUUUUUUCUUUUUCUUUUGCACAUUUGAGCUGACUCAUUGCAGGUUUUAUAUCCUGGCGACUUGUAGUCACAUUAUAGUGACUUUCAAGGGCCAGAACAUGGUGAAAAUCACUUACAAUUUCCGUCCCCUCCAUGCCUUGGUUUAGCAUGUUGGCUCUGUCUGUCACCAUUUCUGUGUUUUGUGUGCUGUGUUCCCAUUUCACUGGGUGUAACUGUGAAAUGGGCUAGUCCUGGCCACUUUGGUUUUAUAAGGCAUUUCCAUGUACAUUUUACAAGCACUCCAUUUGCAAACAGAACUUAAACUAACAUUG